CUGAGAUCGUUGGAAACAGGGCCGCAUGCAUUCUAGCACACCCAUCUAUUGCUUGUAGCGUCUGGGUGCGAUCGCCUUCUGUCAUAGCCAUGCUUCGCUUGGUCCUCGUGAGCUUGAUCUAUGCGCUACUCCUCUGCAGAGACUUCUCGUCUGCGGCGUCUCCGAUUGUCCCUCCAGCAUCGCUCGCGUCGAUGUAUGCGCUGACAGCAAGCACUACACUGCCCGCGCCUACGUCCACGUUGUCUCCAUCUGACGCGGCAUCGUACUUGGUGUCCUCCUGGGGCCUCAGUAACGGGAAGAUGCAAAAUGGCGCAUCCAACCUUGCAUUCGUCAGUGAUCCGUUCCCAAACAGCUCUUCUUCCUCUUCGUCGGACUCUACCAGUGGCAACGCGUCCUCGCCCGUCCUGCAAGUGACCUACCCAGCAGGAAGCUAUUCGCACGACACCGGCGGUGCGCAAUUCUACGCGCUCUGGAACGCUUCUUCAAACAGUUCGGACACGGGCGAGAAUUGGGAAUCGAUGCUACUUACGUACGAGGUCGCCUUCGACAUGGACUUCGACUGGGUCAAAGGCGGAAAGCUUCCUGGACUGCGAGGCGGCCCGGAUGAGUAUGGCUGUUCCGGCGGUGAGGCGGCGAAUGGGAGCAACUGCUUCAGCUCGAGGAUGAUGUGGAGGACAGACGGAGACGGAGAAGUGUAUACAUAUGUGGUGGAGUCGAAGAAGUUCUGCGACUCGUCAAACGUGAUGUGCAACGACGACGGGUACGGGACGAGCAUCGAUCGCGGGGUCUUCAGUUUCGAGGCGGGAGGAUGGAACCGAGUGACGAUGCUCGUGCGUCUGAACAAUCCUGUCAAUAAGGCGAACGGCCAGGUCUUGCUAUACUACAACAACGUUCAGGCCAUAACGCUGUCAAACCUGCAAUUUCGCAGCAGCUCAAAUAUCGAUAUCGGCGGACUAUUCUUCUCGACGUUCUUUGGAGGGAGCGACUCUUCAUGGGCUACGCCGAAUACAACUAACACUUACUUCCGAGACUUCCAGAUGUGGGCCAGCUCUGCUGCCUCGAAUGGAACGGCGUCCUCAGCACUGAGGCUGCAGCCAUUCAGAUAUAGUGUUACAUCGGCCGGCCUGGGUAUUUUCUUGGUUGUAAUGAUGUAUGCAAUGCUUUAGAGUUGCAACCACAGCGAAGGGCGAUGUGUAACCAGACUGUGCCAGGGGAGAGAGUCGCGAGACACUAGACAGGUUGGUGCGUCUGCAGGCCAUCGUUGCAAUCGCCGAACGACUGGUUGUAAAAGGACAAUGUUCAACGCAUUCACAAGCCUCUUCCGUCAUGGCAGCGGUGACCAGCAUUCAGCUCAGAGAUUGAGAGAAUGGCGAGGAGUACAUUACAGUAGUCCGAAGGAGUCGUAAUUGUCAGAC